CUCUCUCACCCCUUCAACAUGCCGCUCGUUACUCUCCUCACCAACCUCCCGGACCACAAGCUUUCUGCUGAGCUCCAUCUCGCCCUCUCUUCGAAGCUCUCCGAAGUGUUAGCGAAGCCCGAGGAACGUCUCUCCGUGACUAUAGUGGGCGGGCUUCGUAUGUCUCGGGGUGGCUCGCUGGCGCCUGUGUGUGAGCUGCGGGUGGCGUCUAUAGGGUUUGACUGCCGCGAGAAGACCCAGCCAGCAGCCCGCGCCCUCACCGACUUCCUGGCCGAGCAAACUGGUAUUCCUCCAAACAGGAUUUUGAUGAACUUUUCUGAUUUGAGUCCUUACAUGAUCGCUUCUGGUGGAACGCUGGUGGGCUGAGAAGGAGGAAGAUCGAGGGAGCAGAGGGGAGAGAGAAGGGAGGAGGAAGAAAAGGGAGAGAAAGGAGAUAAGUUUGGGUAUACACGUUGGUGGUAAGAGAGGAGGAGGAGGAGGAGGAGGAGGAGGAAAGGUAACAGAUUGAUACUAGAGUUGUAGGAGGAGGAGGAGGAGGAGGAGGAGGAGUUGAUUUGGGUUCCUCUAAUAGUGGUAUAUUACAGGGUUUAUAUUAUUUACCUAUUUAGGAUUGUAUAGGCCUAGUCAUGAGUUUAAUAAUUAUUUUAUUGAAACCAUUGUUAUAUAAAGAAAGAAAUUAUUUAGUGCUGAGAAUAAUGGGAACUUCAAUCAAUGACACACACACACACACACACACACACACACACACACACACACACACACACAUUGUAUCUCGCAUUUUUUUCUGUUUUUUUUUAACAUCUUUGGUAUAGACUGAACCUAUAAUAUCAUAUGUUUAUGUAUAUAUCAACUAUUAUGGGGAAGCUAUUUAUCUUAUAUCAUCUAUUUAUUAAGUUUUUGAACGAUGAUGUAUAAUAAUAAUAAUAAUAAUAAUAACAAUAAUAAUAAUAAUAAUAAUAAUAAUAAUAAUAAUAAUAAUAAUAAUAAUAAUAAUAAUAAUAAUAAUAGUAAUAAAAGUGAACGUUGCA